CGGGGCGACCCCCGCCUGUCAUGUGAGGGCGCGGUCACGUGAGCGCCGCUGUCAUGGCGGUGCCCGGAGCGGCGGCGCUGCCGCUGCUGCUGCUCCUGAGCGGGGCGGCCGCGGGCUGCGGGUACCAGUCGUGCCCCCCGACCCGGCCGGACAUGCUGAACGUGCACCUGGUGCCGCACUCGCACGACGACGUGGGCUGGCUCAAGACGGUGGAUCAGUACUACUAUGGGGUGCGGAACCAGGAGCAGCACGCGGGCGUGCAGUACAUCCUGGACUCGGUGGUGGCCCAGCUGGCCGCCGAGCCCUCGCGGCGCUUCGUCUACGCCGAGGUGGCGUUCCUGGCACGGUGGUGGCGGCAGCAGGGCCCGGCCACGCGCAGGCUGCUCAGGGAGCUGGUGCAGCAGGGACGGCUGGAGCUGGUCGGGGGGGGCUGGUGCAUGAACGACGAGGCCGCGGCUCACUACGGGGGGGCCCUGCAGCAGCUGGCCCUGGGCCGGCGCUUCCUGCGCCGCCUCUUCGGGGGCUGCGGCACGCCGCGCGUGGCCUGGCAGAUCGACCCCUUCGGGCACGCCCGCGAGCUGGCCGCCACCUUCGCCCAGAUGGGCUACGACGGGCUCUUCGUGGGCCGUGUGGACUACCAGGACAAGUGGGCGCGGCAGCAGCGCCGGGAGCUGGAGCUGCUCUGGAGGGGCAGCGAGAGCCUGGCCCCCCCCCCGGCUGGCAUCUUCACCGGGAUCCUGCCCAACAUGUACAACCCCCCCGCGGGGCUGUGCUGGGACCAGCUCUGCACCGACCCCCCCGUGGUGGACGGGGACGGCCCCGAGCGCAACGUGGACGCCGUGGUCACCUCCUUCCUGCAGGCAGCGGCCACCCAGGUCCUGCCAGGGGGACAGGGGGGCUGGGACCCCCGGGGGGGGGUUCCCAAAGGUGCCUGUCCCACUGGGGUGGGGGUCCCGAGUGUCCCUGUCCCCCUGGGAUGGGUGUCCUGGGUGUCCCUGUCCCCUGGGUCCCCCAGGCCCCUGAAGACGGACGAUUUCUUCCCCUACUCGGAUGGGCCCCAUCAGUUCUGGACCGGCUACUUCAGCAGCCGCCCGGCCUUCAAGGGCUACGAGCGGCUCAGCAGCGGCUUCCUGCAGAUCUGCAGCCAGCUGGAAGCCCUGGCCGGGCCCUCGGCACGGGACGGUCCCUACGGCCCUGGGGACAGCUCGGUGCUCCGUGAGGCCGUGGCUGUGGCCCAGCACCACGACGCCGUGGCCGGCACCGAGAGGCAGCACGUGGCCGACGACUACGCCCGGCAGCUGGCCAAGGGCUGGGACAGCUGCCAGGUGCUGGUGGCCAACGCCCUGUCCCUCCUGGGGGGCACCAAGGACCCCCUGGUGUUCUGCAACGCCCUCAACAUCAGCGUGUGCCCCCUCAGCGAGACCACCCCUCACUUCACCGUGAUCCUCUACAACCCCCUGGCCUGGGGCGUGACCUGGCCCGUGCGGCUGCCGGUCAGGGCCACCUCGUACUCUGUCACCGACCCUCAGGGCCAGCCCGUGGCCAGCCAGGUGGUCCCGGUGUCCGGCGUGACCCGGCGGCUGCGGGGCGGCGCCGGGAGGGCCCCGUGGGAGCUCCUGUUCCAGGCCUGGGCCCCCCCCUUGGGGUUCAGCACCUUUGAGGUGAAGCAGCUGAGCCCGGGAACCCUCUGGGACCCCUCCAGGUGGCCCUCGGGGACCCCCUGGGACCCUCCCAGGUGGCCCUCGGGGGACCCAGAGCCGCAGAUUGAGAACGAGCACCUGCGGGUCCGGUUCGACCCCGUCACGGGGCACCUGCUGGAGAUCCAGAACCUGGCCAAGGGCAUCUCGCUGCCCGUCUUCCAGAGCUUCUACUGGUACAACGCCAGCGCCGGGGACGGGCUCAGCCCCCAGGCCUCGGGUGCUUACAUCUUCCGGCCCAACGCCUCCACGCCCAUCCCCGUGGCCAAACGCGCGGCCACGCACCUGCUCAAGACGGCGCUGGUGCAGGAGGUGCAGCAGAACUUCUCGGCGUGGUGCUCGCAGGUGCUGCGGCUGCGCCCGGGGCAGCCUUACCUGGAGCUGGAGUGGACCGUGGGGCCCAUCCCCGUGGCGUGACCUCCCAGGUGGCCCUCGGGGGACCCAGAGCCGCAGAUUGAGAACGAGCACCUGCGGGUCCGGUUCGACCCCGUCACGGGGCACCUGCUGGAGAUCCAGAACCUGGCCAAGGGCAUCUCGCUGCCCGUCUUCCAGAGCUUCUACUGGUACAACGCCAGCGCCGGGGACGGGCUCAGCCCCCAGGCCUCGGGUGCUUACAUCUUCCGGCCCAACGCCUCCACGCCCAUCCCCGUGGCCAAACGCGCGGCCACGCACCUGCUCAAGACGGCGCUGGUGCAGGAGGUGCAGCAGAACUUCUCGGCGUGGUGCUCGCAGGUGCUGCGGCUGCGCCCGGGGCAGCCUUACCUGGAGCUGGAGUGGACCGUGGGGCCCAUCCCCGUGGCGGACGGGCUGGGCAAGGAGGUGAUCAGCCGCUUCGAGACGCCGCUGCGCACGGCCGGCCGCUUCUACACCGACUCCAACGGGCGCCAGGUGCUGGAGCGCAGGCGUGACUACCGGCCCACCUGGAACCUGAGCCAGAGCGAGCCCGUGGCAGGGAAUUACUACCCUGUGAACACCCGGAUCUUCAUCAAGGACGAGAAGCUGCAGCUGACGGUGCUGACGGAUCGCUCGCAGGGCGGCAGCAGCCUCCUGGACGGCUCCCUGGAGCUGAUGGUGCACCGGCGGCUGCUGAACGACGACAACCGGGGGCUGCGGGAGCCGCUGGACGAGCCGGGGGCCGACGGGCGGGGGCUGGUGGUGCGGGGCCGGCACCUGGUGCUGCUGGACACGGCGGCCGCGGCGGCCGAGCAGCACCGGCCGCGGGCACAGGAGACGGUGACACCGCCCACCCUGGUGCUGGCACCGGGCACGGGGCCUCACCUGCGCCAGGUGUCGGGGCUGCGCCGGGCGCUGCCCCCCAACGUGCACCUGCUGACGCUGGAGCCGCGCGGCGCCGGCGCCGUCCUGACCCUUUUCUCGGCCUUCACCAUCACCUCAGUGCAGGAGAUGGCGCUGGGGGGGGACAUCCCCCUGCACAGCGUGUCCCGCCUGCUCUGGAACACACCCACAGGCACCCCCAAAGCCCGGCCUGUGGCCAGGCUGGACCCGCGCCGCGUGCGGCUGGAGCCGAUGGAGAUCCGAACCUUCCUGGCCUCUGUGCGGUACCGGGGGCCGGGGGGGUCCUGAGAAACCCCCCACCCCAAAAAAAAGAAUCCAACUCAA